AUGUCUUUAGUAAAAGAAUGUUCUGAACAGUUAGAGAAUUGUUUAAAAGAAUAUACAAAUUUCCAAGGAAAAGCCUAUGCACUAAAAAAUUUAAAUCGUAAUUUGUAUUUAGAUGAUGAGACGACUAAAAUACUUAUUAAAGAGAUUAAAAUCUUCAAUAAAAUUAGUGAAGACAAUCACCCUAAUAUUGUGGGAUUUCACGAGAAAUGCUGGUCUUCUAGCCCAGACCAGCGUCCAACACUCCAUGAAGUACUAGACCAUCUUAAGAAGUUCUCAGAGAACACAUCUGUUAAAUUUAUCGAAAAUUACUUUCGCAAUCUUCGUAAAGCCUCUGAAAAAAUUCCCCGUCAUUUCGAGAAUGAUUUUAAGGUUGAGGAUAUCCUCAUUCCGGAAGUAGGUAUUCAUUCCUUACAGGUAGAAACAGACGAAGCAUUCCCUUGUGUCCUGGAGCUCGUGAGUAGGCUUAAUAUUGACAGAGGAUGUAAGAAAAUUAAUGAUAGCUCUAUAGUUGAAGCACCCAUUCCCGCAUUCUCCAUAAAAGAAUUACAUAUGAAGGAUAUUAUUGUUGAAAAUGAAUUUGAAAAGAUUUUUAAGAAAACAACAAAAAAUAUUGAAGAACUAUGGAUAGAAAGUUUCGAAAACGUUUAUAUAAAGGAAAAUGAUAAAGUAGUCGAAAAUUGUAAGGAAAAUGUAGUACUAAAUAAUUACACUAUUAUAUAUUGCCAUAAAGGUACAAUUCUAUUAUCUCUUAAAGAUUUGGAGGCAACGGAAGAAUGCGUUAAUUCUAUAAAAAAUGCAUUAGAUAAUGGUCUUAGUGAUACUCAAAAAAUUGAAAAGUUGAAAAAAGUUGGUAACGAAUAUGGAUUUUUUGGGUUUAAAGUAAUUAAACUUGGAGGAAAACUAGUAAAAGAUGAAAGAAUAUGUUGUAAGAUCGUUGGCGGCGAUAAUACAAUGUCUAAAGAUGCGUCUAAGUGGAUAAAAUCCUUAGAGUCUUACAAGACAUGGGCAAUUAUUGAAUAUGAAGAUAAAUUUUCACUUUAUGAAUUACUAUCAAAAGAUUUACAACUAGAGAUAAGGCGUCUUAAUGGGAUUAAAAUACUGUACUCAAGUGUUGAAGAUGUCACCAUAAAAGACAAUAAUUUCAAGUUACCAAUUACUAUGCCUAUCCCUAUACCAUCAAAUAUUUUAAUAUUAAAGGACUGCAAAAUCUUUGCUUCAAUUCUUAACAAGGAAAAGAAGGAUCAUGUGUUCGUAAUUCGCAUUGAUUACUUAAGUGAUGAAUUACCAUAUUUUGUAAUUCACCACAUUGGUGCGAUCCCUAAAAAUCAUUCACAAAUAGAUCUAUCGAUAUCGUGGAUGGUGUAUGGAUAUGAAAAAAGUCUUCCAAUUCAAUUAACAUUUAUGGAACCUCUUUAUUAUAUUUGGACUAAAGAAUUUCAAUAUAGUAAUGUUCAAGCAAUUGAACACCCAGUCUUAAAUUUUGAUAAUUAUUGCUGGAUAGGAACCGUUACAGUAGAAUGUAACGAUAAUCCUGAUUAUGUAUUUGCAAAUUCUACUGAUGUAAUUAGUUAUCAUUUCUGUCAAAAUGAAAAAAAUGAUAAUACGCAAAUAUUCUGCUAUCAAUAUAAUCAUCAAACUGAUCAAAUCAGUAAUACUUUAAAUUUAAAACCUUACCGAUUUCAAUCUCUAUCAAAAAGUAGUGGCAUAUUUACUGGAGAGAAUUGGGAAUUGUCUGAUCUUUCAAAAAAACCUAUAUUUGUAAAUAUCCAUUAUUUGAAUACAUCAUAUCAUCAUCCUUUAUUUUUAAAUAUUCAUAUGAAUUAUCCUGUCAUCAAAUCAUUAAAUAACGGAUCUGAGAAUCUUAAUGCUUUUGUUGGUUAUGUAGUGAUCAGAGACAAACAAUCGCCGAAUGCAUAA